AUCACGUGUCAAGAUGAAGAGACGCGCGCUCAACACAUUUUGUAGGCCCGGUACAUUGACUCGGAAGGUCGAUACCAUUUCGUGAGCACUGCAUCUACCGUAACAUCACUACUAUUAACAUUAACAUUAAAAUUACUAGAGCAAAAACCAAUAAUAUGCCAACGUUGUUUAGUGGUACUGUGGCAGAAUAGACAGCUCCGCAAGAGACGAAUGCGGAAGUGUUUCACGAAGCCAAGAGUCGAAUCUAGAGAGAGGCGGACCCAACAGGUUCAACAUUGAAUCAAAAGGGCUGAUCUAGGAGUCAACACAAGAACUCACUGCUCACCACCAGCAAGCUACAGUACCAAAUCCUAAAAUCAACAUGAGCUCAGACGAAAAUGUGUCCGUAUAUGAUGAGGAGCAUUCGUCAAGAUUUAUGAGGAAAGCAAAGGAGUCACCAUUUGUCCCUAUAGGUAUGGCUGGAUUUUGUGCGGUGGUUGCUUAUGGUCUAUACAAGCUCAAAUCCAGAGGGGACACAAAGAUGUCGGUUCACCUUAUCCACAUGCGGGUUGGAGCACAAAGCUUUGUAGUAGGCGCAAUGACAUUAGGUGUGAUCUACUCCAUGUACAAUGAAUAUCUGGCUCCAAAGAACCAAGAUAAAAACAGCAAGUGAACCUACUAGCCAGUAAUGCAGGUCAUUGAGUUUGACGAUUAAAAAUGAUUGCCUGAACGAUUUUUCUUCUUAUGACUAGAAUUCAAAAACGAUUCCUCCUAUCAAAGUAACAUUCCACUUUUGGCAGGGCAUUUGAUUUGGUAAAGUCAACAACACAGUUUUCACCUAAACUGAUUUAAUUACCUUUUUAAUUCAAUUUAAUGUAGGUGAAUUGGUAAAAGAAAAUCCUUAAGUACAGUCCACCCGUGCCAGCGAAAAACUAGCUUUUCGGUGGUGCACCUGGUUUGUAAUCCAAUUGCGAGUCAGAGGACAUUUAGUUCAAGGCCCAGUAUGGGGGGUGACUGAUGAGCAGCUUGACUAUCCGUCACACUAACACACAUAGAAAUACCCCCAGAAUCAUUCUACUAUGACUCUUGGAUAGGAAGGCAUCUUGUUCAGGAAUGAAUUCCAAACGAUCAUUUUUAUGGGUAAGAAAUAGAUUACAUGCAUAUCACACCUCUGACCUUUAUACCAGGUACCUGUCAGUGUGGCUGCCAGUAAGAUGGCUCUAUAUAGACGAGCCAAAUUAUAUCCUCCACUAAUAAUUUUAUCACAAAAGUAUUUUAGUUUUAGAUUUUUAUUAUUGUCUUAAAGUAAUAUAUUUAACAGAGUUGAGAUACAUGUUCCUAACUUUACCAUGGAUGAAUGAAAAAGAGUCUCA